AUGAAGCAGAAGAAAGAGAGAACAGCGUUUACGAAGUCGCAGAUUGAUGAGCUCGAGAAAGACUUCCUCUCUAACAGCUAUCUGACUCGUCUGCGUAGAUAUGAAAUCGCUAUUUCAUUGAAUUUAACAGAGAAACAAGUGAAAGUUUGGUUCCAAAACCGAAGAAUGAAAAUAAAAAGACAUCAGUAA